AGUGUUUGCCUCUGUUGACAUGGUUACCGAAAUUUUGUAAUGCAAUUGUUAUCUUUAAUUAAUUUUGUUUUUUCAAUUAUCCAUUAAUUUAUUUACUCUAUUUAACUAAUUAAAAUGAUACUAAAUCAAUUUACUAAGUGUCUAUGUCGUGCAAUGCAUAAUCAAACUCGUCACGCUGUGGUAUACAUCGAUGGUUCUUGUAUAAACAAUGGUCAACAUGAUGCUCGAGCUGGAAUCGGAGUUUACUGGGGUCCAGAUGAUGAUCGUAAUUUAAGUAUACCCUUAGAAGGAUCUCAAACAAGCAAUAGAGCGGAAUUAAAUGCUGCCUUGUGGGCAAUUAGGCAAGCAAGGAAACACGAUUAUCAUUCAAUAACACUGAGAACCGAUAGCGAGUAUUUAGUCAAUUCAACAACCAAAUGGAUUGAUAGAUGGAAAGAAAAUGGUUGGAAAGCGCAAAAUGGCUUAGGAAUUAAGAACAAGAGUGACAUUUUCGCCUUGGUUAAUGCUUUAAAAACAAUUGAUGUUAAAUUUGAGAAGAUUCUUGGACAUUCUGGAGAUCCUGGUAACGAUGCUGCCCACAAGUUAGCCAAACAAGCUGCCAUUGUCGCUUAUCAAGAAUGUAGAUGAUGAUUAGACUCGCUUUAAGUUUGUCCAAUAUAAAAAUGAUUGUUCCAUUUCAAUUGAUCAAAUUAAUUGAAAUAGUUUCGAACUGAAAAAGUAAGUUAAGUUAACUUAAUUGUAGAUAUAAAAUAAAACAUAACCCUAGUGAAACAAAGACGUUGCGAAUCUUGUCAAUGAAAUUGAAACAUAAAAAACUUCAAGUUUU